UGAGCACAUUGCUGAAAGGUGUGUCCGAAAGCAAACCUGUUGUUGUUGUUGCUGCAGAGCCCUACAGCCCAGCCGUGUGGGUGAUGAUGUUCGUCAUGUGUCUAUCGGUGGUGGCCGUCACCGUUUUCAUCUUUGAGUUCUUCAGCCCAGUCGGUUACAACCGCAGCCUGCAGAGCGCCAAAAAGUCGGGCGGCUCAAAGUUCACCAUCGGCAAGUCGGUUUGGCUCCUGUGGGCGCUGGUCUUCAACAACUCGGUGCCUGUAGAGAACCCGCGAGGAACCACCAGCAAGAUCAUGGUCCUGGUGUGGGCCUUCUUCGCUGUCAUCUUCUUGGCGUCCUACACCGCCAACCUGGCCGCCUUCAUGAUCCAGGAGGAGUACAUCGACACUGUGUCGGGACUCUCUGACAAGAAGUUCCAGCAGCCCACUGAGCAGUACCCGCCCCUGCGCUUCGGCACGGUGCCCAACGGCAGCACGGAGGAAAACAUCCGCUCCAACUAUCCCAACAUGCACCAGUACAUGAUCCGCAACAACCAGAAGGGCGUGGAGGAGGCCAUCGACAACCUGAAGACAGGUAAACUGGAUGCUUUCAUCUACGACGCUGCUGUGCUCAACUACAUGGCCAGGAAGGAUGAAGGCUGCAAGGUCAUGACCAUCGGCUCCGGCAAAGUGUUCGCCACCACCGGCUACGGCAUCGCUCUGCACAAGAACUCCCGCUGGAAGAGACCGCUGGACCUGGCGCUGCUGCAGCUCGUGGGAGACGAUGAGAUCGACAUGUUGGAGCGUCUUUGGCUGUCGGGAAUCUGCCACAACGACAAGAUUGAGGUGAUGAGCAGCAAGCUGGACAUCGACAACAUGGCGGGCGUCUUCUACAUGCUGCUGGUGGCCAUGGGCCUCAGUCUGCUGGUUUUUGCCUGGGAGCAUCUGGUCUACUGGAAGCUGAGGCACUGCAUCAAGCGCUCCGGCAGCAUGGACUUCCUCCUGGCUCUCAGCAGGGGCAUGUACAGCUGCUGUCAGUUUGAGGACGAGACGGCGCCAGGAAGCGGUAAGAGUUCCUUGCCGCAGUACCACACGGUGCCCACUGUGGCCCAGCAGCACCUGGUGACCGCCACAGUCAACAACACCGCCGCCAUCACGAUGGUGCAGCAGCAGCAGCAGCCGCCACCUGCGCCCAAGCACGUCCCGAAGCAGCCACAGGGGCAGACGUACACCACCAUGCUGCCAGGAUCGCCGCCACCCGCGAGACAUUCGGCCAUGGCGCUGGGACCUUCUAACAGCCCCCUCUUUGAAGGCCCCAUGCCCUGCUCCACCUUCCUGCCUCGCCAUGACCGCAGACUGGCCGUGGUGGAUCGCUGGAACCGGCCCAAGCCGGAGAAGGUCCUGAGUGGCAGCAGUGGUGCGAGCCUGGGUAUCGGGGGUAUCGCGGGAGGCAUCACCGAACUCCAGGCCCAGCAACAAUACCAGCAGAACCUGGGACAACAUUGGAAACUGCAAGGAGCAGGUGACAACGGGCUUGAUGAGUACAAGCGGUACUAUGGUCCUAUCGAUCCGGAGGGGCUCGGCGCUAAUUCGGAGCAGCAGGUUGGGGUCAGCCAGCAGACUCCCAAAGCUAAUCCCAGAGGUCCUAAAGCCACCGGAAUGUUGAGGCCCCCUCCCAAAGACCCCGGACCCUUAAUCAGUAAGCCACCACCCCCACUGCCCUCCUCGCCACGAAGGCCUCCCUUCUGGCGGCGUGGGAGUCUUGCUCAGGUGAGGAGAAAGAGCUCAGGGGGUCCUCUGUAUGAGAACAUCCUGCCUCUGGGGAGAAGAGGUGGUGGCAGGUACGGAGCAAGUGAUCUCAUGGGAAGGAGGGCCCGCCAUCCUCCCGCACUUCCCCCUCUGCCGGUCCCCCUUUCUUCCCCUACGCAUACCCCAACCACUCCCUCCUCUCCAUGCCGCUUCUACUCCACCUGCUCCAGCAUCUCAUCAUCUUCCUCUUCCUCCACGUCUUCAUCCUCGUCUUCAUCCUCCGUCUCUGUCUCCCGCUCCAAUUCUCCGUCUUCUUGCUCCAGCGACAGCUCCUACAACUCCUCCUUAAGUUUCCGCUAUCGCGCCGGGGACCGUGAAUUUACCGCGGAGGAUGAUUAUGACUCUGAUCUGCUGACGGAAGAGUCCAGUCUUCUCCUGGGCUCGCGCCGGAAGAUUCGCUCCCGGCGCAUGUCGUCGCGCUCGCUGCCAUGUAGCCCGCCGCCGCCCAUCCCGCCGCGCAAGCCACGUCCGCUGAGAGACUACAGGCGAGAGCGGAGAAGUAGCCAGCUGGCACAGUUACAGGAGUGGUGGGCAUCGUGGGGUGACAGAGAAAGGGGCACGUCUGGGACAACCAUCCUUGGCGAUGUGAGUGGGGUAAGAGAAGACAAAAGGCAGCGCAAGGAGAGGGAACGCGAAAACAAGAGGCGGAAGGGAAGAAAGAAAAAGAAGCGGGAGGAAAGAGAGCGCGAGAGGGAGCGGAAGCGACGCAAAGCCAAGAAGAAAAAGAAAGAUGAAAAGGUGAGGAAGAAGGAGCGAAAGAAGUCGGAGCAGGAGGAAAGAGACCCUGAGAAGCGAGAGGAGGCCAAACCUGGAACGCCGGACUACCCAUCAUACCUUCACCUGCGGAGGGAAUCAUUCACCAAAAAGAGUGAGAGCUCCAUUCGGAGCUAUGGGUGGAACAUCCCAGUUGAGGACGACAGGAAGGACAGAGAAGGAAAAGAGCGAGAGGACGGCGAGGACAGCCGAGGGAAAGAAAGGCAGCACAGACGCAGGAACAGCACACACUAUCGGCCUUCCAGCACCAAGCCAUCCACAUCUGUCAAGUUUUGGGCGGGCAACCUCUCGUCCGACACCAUCCCGUCGGCCUUCCUGCCCCUGUUGCCCGUUGCUUCAAAAAGGAGGAAGACCAAAAGCUCAGACAGGGACGUUGUUGGGAUAGAAGGAGAAAGAAAACCGCUACUGGGUCGGAACGGGAGAGGGGAAAUGUCCUCCAAGGAAGGUUUACCCUACCAUGAAUGGGAAUCCGACCUGGAGGAAGACGAGUCCGAGCAAGAGCGAAGGAAAGGCGAUCACGCGAAGAGGCAAGGCAGGACCAUCUCCGAUGAAGACCGAGACCGGGAUAAGGUUGUCGGGAUAUAUUCGGAUGACGAGGGCUCUUCGGGAGAGUUUGGGAAGUUUGAGAGGUACUGGGACGAUCAUGACAGCAGAGCAGUGGGUGGGAUUGGAGGAGGGGGCUGGUUUUUUAGUACCUACCCCUCCAGGGACAAAGCAGGUAGCAUCAACAGCAGAGAUGACUUGUUCCUGGAACGAGGGGAGAGGUGGGGCACCGGAGAAAGCGGGUGGGGUUGGGGGUCAGGAUCACACUGGCCACCGUCUCCGCUCACGCCACCUCCACCUCGACGCUACUGGUCAGUGGACAAGCUGAACAUUCAGGAUGAGAAGACGACAAGGCGCAGGUCCAAGGACAAAGUGAGAGGACGGGUGGCUUGUUCUUCCUGCCACUCCCCUCAACACCAUCCACACUCUCACACUUCCAAGUGGGCCCGCGUCACCUCACGCAGCCAAGAAGAGCUUUACCGCCACUGCCAGAGUUUCGGCAGCACCCCGAAACCCAAACACGACGCCUUGUCGUCCUCCAAGCCGGAUCGCUCUCAGAACCCCUCCAAAUGUGGAAGUCAGUCAAACCUGAGCAUCCAGCAACGAAUACAGAGAUCGGAGAGAGUCAGACUUCCUUCCCCGCCGACCACCCUCGUUCCCAACUUGCCGGCUCCCCUUCCCGCCCUUCCGGCUCCUCCAUCCUCGGUUCACCCCAUCCGCGCUCCUCUGCUGACCUCCUCCUCCUCCGUGUCCUCGCCCUCCGUGGUAUCGUCCACCCCGGGCGCCCCGCAGCCUUCCUCUGUGGCUUCGGCAAGUGCCAAACUGCAGUACCAGAGGCUCCGCUCUGUUCCUCCACCCCAGAGGUUUCCUCCGUCUCCUCACGUGCCCCUCAAGACCAAGGCCCUCUGCUCUCGGAGGGGCUCGGCCCAUUUCUCCAGCGUGGAGAGUGAGGUCUGACGCCUGAGGCGAUCUCCAUCACGAUCCUCCUUCCGGCCAACGUGGCCAUUCGGUUUCCACACAGAGUCCUUUUCCCUGACGCUCAGCACAAAGCGACCACGCAGCGCAACAAACCUGACACAAGUCGUUUGGAGGAAAACAGGAGCCGAUUCGCUUCUUCCCACAGCAACGUUUAGCAUCAGAAGUGGGGCGAUCAGUCUUCGGGGCUGAAGGGCACUCCUUUGCUAGGGCCGGUAAAGGGCUUUGAGAGACGGAGCAAGGGAAUCAUUUGUAUUCAAUGUGCGUUCUGAGGGCUCAGGAACUUUGUCAUAUACCUGCUGCUCCUGCAAGCCUUGAGCAGUCCUUGACACUCUUGUUCUUUUCCCCCCUUCUACGAAUGGCUUACCCCCACUUUGCUUUCCCCACAAGAACUGUUUACAUUCCCGCAAAUCUGUGAUGCCAGGAAGGGGCACCUUCCUCCCGUAUGAUCAAAACCGUUCGUUUGGCGUGAGACGAGGCGAUCGUGUCAUCUCACAUUUUCAGUUUGUGUUGUCCUGCCGCAAGAACCUUCUCUAGCUUUCCUUCUCUCCGCGCUGUGCUUCUCGUAUCUCUGUGCUUUUCUGU